AUGCCUCCCGUUACCUUUUGGAUGUUGAAUGAGCGGCGCGAAAAGGAUUGUGUUUCCAUUACUACGGAGCGCAAAUACUUCCGCGUUGGCAAUAUCUGGAUCAAACGCAACCUCCGCCCGGCCGAAUGGCAAAUUCAUCCCGUUAAUGGUAACAUUAUUGUACCUUUAUUUGGCAAAGAACGACUUCAGAACGAGGCUGCCACGCUACAAUACAUCGCUAGAAAUACAAAUAUACCCAUACCGAAGCUGAUUGGCUCCUUUGAGGAUGACGGCGCCGUUCAUCUCAUUACAGAGCACGUCGAAGGGGUACAGAUGAAUGAACUCGACCAGGAUCAGCGCAAAAAAGUGGAAAAGGAGGUGGAGUUUCACCUGCAAACUCUCAAGAAACUAUGUUCGGCUGAAUGGGGCGGCCCUUCAGGUAUUGUAAUACCGCCUUACCGUGUUAUAACCGACACAUUUCGUCCUCGAUGGAAUAUGCAGAGGCGGGAUUCGAUGGAUCUUGUGUUUUGUCACAAUGAUUUGUCCACGCACAAUAUCCUUGUUGACAAGGACACACUCAAAAUCAACGCGAUUUUGGACUGGGAAUACGCCGGGUUCUUCCCGCCCCAAUUCGAGGCAGAAUACUUCCGACGUCCAGGCCCAUCGAUUGCACUGGAGGACGAAGAUGACGAUGUGAAAAAACUGGUGGGUAUCUUGCAAAAAUGUGAAGCAAAGUGA